UCAAAACCUAAAAUCGCGACAGAUGCAGAAAACACAAUGCGUGAUUGUUUAGCAAUGAAAGAAAAUGAUAGUUUGAGCAGUGGGGUAUACAGUUUAGUUCUUAACGACACAAUGCUAUUAGAUGUAUAUUGUGAUAUGACCACACAUAAAGGAGGUUGGAUAGUGUUCCAGAAGCGAUUUAACGGAAAGGAAAAUUUUUACAGGGACUGGCAUGCGUAUGAGAACGGCUUUGGUGACCUUAACGGAGAGUUUUGGAUAGGGAAUAAAUACCUACAUAUCUUAACACAAGUUCCUACAGAGCUGCGUAUUGACGUAAAGGCUUGGGAUUUCCAAAUGAGGUAUGCAGAGUACUCAACAUUCGUUAUUGGUGAUGCCAAAUCAAAGUACACUCUAUCUAUUGAUGGAUUCCAUGGAGAUGCUGGAGAUGGAUUAGAAUAUCAUGAUGGACGGCAGUUCAGUACUUACGAUCAAGAUAAUUCACACGAAGUCAGACACUGUGCGAAAAGAAACAGAGGUGCAUGGUGGUACGGGUUUUGUAGCCACUCCUCUUUAAACGGAGUAUAUCUCAAUGGAACCAAUGGAACUGCAGAUAAAAAUGUUGGAGUAAACUGGGAAAAGUUCAAGGGAGACUACUACUCGUUGAAAUCGGCCUCCAUGAUGCUUCGUAGAAAGAUUAAAGAAUGAAAAUAAAGAUAUAUUUACUUACUAAUGAAAUGAGUAAUAGCAGU